AUGAUUAUAAAGAAAAGAAAUAACAAAAUUACUGUUCAUCUUCUCCACCCUCUCUUCCCCCCACCCCUCCUCCACCAACACCCCAAUCAUCUUCUUCUACACCCUAUAGCCGCUGCCGCCGCCAAAUCCGUCACCGCCAAUAACAACCACUACCAUAAACUUUGCGUAUCAAAUCCACCCUCGAACCCGCGAUCCAGAUGCUGCACUUCCAAAGCAACUUCCUUCUCCCAUUUCUCCUCUCUCCAAACUAGAUCCACCACCUUCUCUCUACCCAUCUUCGCCACCAUAUCUGCCACUAUCUUUUCCACCAGUCAUCCACCGUCUCCGUCGCAUCCAAAUCAUUCAAACACAGCUCCCAUCUCAGAUCUAAAUCACUAUCGAACUACGAGAAUGGCUUCUUCGGAAGCUGAUUCCCACUUGAACAUAGUUCUAGUCCCAGCCCUCGAUAAGAUCAUCAAGAAUGCGUCCUUCCAUUUUCUUUUAAGAAAAGGCGGCUUCCAGCAAUCGCUGCAGCGGAACAGCAGCUCUCGAAGCAGCAGUCCAGUAAUCUGA